UUCACCUUUCCCUCGAGGCCACCCGUCCCACCUCAACCCAUCGCUCAGUGCCUUUCCCAGCCUUCACCCCGCUCUACCGUUCCUCGCUCCUCGCCAUGGCUACUCUCGACUUGCUGGGCCUCGCGCUCCCUGUGCCUCGCACGUCGCCGUCAUCGCAUCCCGCCCGUGCGACUGUCGCAGGCUCCCUCCGCGUCGCGGCAGUGCCAGCAGCGCGCGUGGCGAGCCGGCGACCGCUUCACGUGGUGGCGGUUGCAGCGGGCUCCGUGGAGGCCGACUCGUCAGCCGACCUGGUGCUGGUGGACCACUACAAGCGCCUCGGCGUGUCAAGAAACGCCAACAACGCCGAGAUCUUCAAGGCGUUCGAGGCGCGGUGCGAGCAGCUGACGAACAACCCCAACCUGGACGAGGAGGCGGCCCGCCAGCAGCUGCUGUCGCUCGAGGUGUCCUUGGACGUGCUGGUGUCGGAGGAGGAGCGGCGGCUGUACGACUGGGCCAUCAUCCGCGCCGAGCAGGGCAACGCCGCCGACUAUGUCUGGCCCUUUGAGACCGACGUCACACAGAAGAACUUCACGCAAGGCGUCGGCAACCCACCCCGCCCCAUGACUCCUGAUGACCCCGAGGGCACAGCCAAGCUGGGCUACUUCCUCAUGGCCUGGUUUGCGCUCUCCGUGGUCCUCAGCCUCACUCUCUACUAGGCGCCGCCUGCCAUCCUCCACCUCCCAUCUGUCUCUCCCCUGCACGGCCCUUGUGCCAUCGCUGUUUGGGGUUCUGCUCUGGCGGCAUUAUUCUUUCCAGGUCGCUCUCACGCUAUGCACAGAAGCAAUGCUAGUCAACUUAGGCAAGUUGGGGCACUGGAAUGGUCAAAUUGUAAUCGUCAUUUUUUAUGUGCAACUACAGGAAGGUGAAUAACGUACGUGCAUAUAAAUAUUGGAUUCCUCCAUAGUCUGUUUGAGUGAUCU